GCUGGCCGCUCGCUCGCUCGCUCGCUCGCUGCACAGUGCGCACCGCCUCUGACACAAGAGACAAGCAGAGAGGGGAGGCACACUGAGCGCUGCAAACCUCUGGAACGGAUCUGCACCUGCACCACGCACACUGAGGAUUUCAGAAGAAAGGACACAAGUUUAGAGCGGCACGAAGCUGCAACGACCUACCGCCCGGUUCAACAAGGUCAGAGGUCAGUGAAAGUAGAAGUGCAAGUGGACGGAGAUGAUGUCCAUGCAAAUGAAUGAGGCAGACAGUGUGGUGAAAGUGGCUGAGUGGCAGCAGACCUACUAUGCUUCAGACUCUGGCAUCCAAUCAGCAGCCACCACAGUGCGGGAUGAUGAUAGCAGUACCGGGUGCAGUGGCAGUAAGAAGUACACAACUAGUACAACUAGUACUGCAGCGGCAAUAACCAGCACUGAAACAGAAGCAGCUCGUGAACAAGAAGAUUUAGAUGCUCAGUACUCAUUAACCCGAGCCCAGCGUGUCAGGGCAGCCAUGUUUCCAGAGACACUAGUGGAAGGAGAGGCAGCCAUACCUGUCCAAGCAGAUCCCAGCCAACAGAGUAAUGUGCAAAGACUGGCCGAGCCUUCGCAGUUACUAAAGACGGCCAUAGUUCACCUGAUAAAUUACCAGGAUGACGCCGAGCUGGCCACAAGAGCAGUUCCGGAGCUCACUAAGCUCCUUGCAGAUGAUGAUCCGGUAGUGGUAAACAAGGCAGCCAUGAUUGUUAACCAACUGACUCGUAAAGAGGCAAGUCGCCGGGUGCUGGUGCAAUCUCCGACCAUGGUAGGAGCCGUUGUUCGUGCCAUGACAACGGCAGUUGACAUGGAGACAGCUCGUUGCACUGCAAGCAUCCUCCACAGCCUGUCACAUCAGAGUGAGGGACUGCAGGCCAUAUUCAAGUCCGGAGGGAUACCAGCACUUGUCCGGAUGCUGAGUUCACCUGUGGAGACAGUUUUAUUUUACGCCAUAACCACUCUUCACAACCUUCUGUUGCACCAAGAGGGAGCCAAAAUGGCAGUGCGUCUUGCUGAUGGUCUUCAACGGAUGGUGCCCUUACUGAAAAAGAGCAACCCCAAGUUCCUUGCCAUUACCACAGAUUGUCUCCAGCUCCUGUCUUACGGAAACCAAGAGAGCAAGCUAAUCAUACUCUCCAAUGGCGGCCCAGAAGGUCUGGUGUUCAUCAUGAGGAACUACAACUACGAGAAGCUGCUAUGGACUACCAGUCGGGUACUCAAAGUACUGUCUGUGUGUCCCAGCAACAAGCCCGCCAUAGUCGAAGCUGGGGGUAUGCAAGCUUUGGGUCAGCAUCUGACAGGGUCAAGUCAGCGUCUGAUUCAGAACUGUCUAUGGACGCUUCGCAACCUUUCGGAUGCUGCAACCAAGCAAGAAGGUUUAGAUGGUCUGCUGCAGAUAUUAGUCACCCAGCUGGGUUGUGAUGAUGUCAACAUGCUGACCUGCGCAACAGGCAUCUUGUCCAACCUCACUUGUAACAACUCUCGCAACAAGACUCUAGUGACUCAGUUUGGCGGGGUGGAGGCACUGAUCCAUGCUGUACUGCGUGCUGGUGAAAAGGAAGAUGUUGCAGAGCCCGCAGUUUGCGCCUUGCGUCACCUCACGUCGCGCCACCAUGAUGCUGAGCUGGCCCAGAAUGCCGUGCGGCUGCACUAUGGUGUCCCCGCUGUGGUCAAACUGCUGGGACAGCCACACUACUGGCCUGUUAUAAAGGCUACUGUUGGCCUCAUCCGGAACCUUGCGCUGUGCCCUGUCAAUCAAGCCCCUUUGAGGGAUGCGGGGACUAUUCCACGAUUGGUCAACCUGCUUUUAAAAGCUCACCAGGACACACAGAGGCAUGCCUCCUCUUCUCAGCAGACAUACCAGGAUGGUGUUCGUAUGGAGGAGAUUGUGGAGGGUUGCACGGGAGCACUUCACAUUCUGGCCAGAGAUCCGAUUAACAGAGGAGAGAUUGCCAGCAUGCAGACCAUACCGCUAUUUGUGCAGCUGCUGUACUCGUAUGUGGAGAAUGUGAAACGAGUAGCUGCGGGAGUUUUGUGUGAAUUGGCGCUGGAUAAACAGUCAGCGGAACUCAUCGAUGCAGAGGGCGCAUCAGCACCGCUCAUGGAAUUACUGCACUCCAACAACGAGGGAAUCGCCACCUACGCUGCAGCAGUGCUCUUUCGAAUUUCCGAGGACAAAAGCUCAGACUACAGGAAAAGAGUGUCAGUGGAGCUCACACACUCGCUCUUCAAACAUGACCCUGCUGCCUGGGAAAUGGCCCACACAGUUCCCUUGGAGCCCGCAUACUUGGCUGAUGAGUUAGACGGCCCCUACCCUCCCUACGGCUAUACUGACCUGCCUCUGGACACUUUGCCGUUAGACCCUGACCUCCACGAGUCUUACAUACCUGACAUGAGAUAUCAGGCCUACCCUGAGCCACUCUAACAGGAUCUCAAAACAGAGUCGAACCGAUGCGGAUGAUUAACAAAUCACAGAAAGAUGGGACUGAAGGAAUCCUGGAGGAAAAAAAAAGAAGAAGAAGAAAGCGUCUGAAAGUCUGAAUGACAAUGAGAAAUCGAGCCUUUUCAAACUUUUCUAAAGUGGAAAAUAUCCCAGUUUGGCAAUCAAGAACUUUUGGAGAUGGGUUUAUUGAAAGUGUUAAUUGGAGGUGUAAAUAACACAGUGGUUAUUUUGUUAUGAUGUCUUCAAGUGGGGUGAAAGUGUGCUGUUACACAGGUAACUAUUAAAAGCAAUCACAUGGCACGUUACAUGAACCGUUAGGGCAUGUGGGACAAGCACAAGGUGCAAUUGGCCUCUUAUCUGAAAAAGAAAUAAGCAGCCUGAAAAUGUGGAGUCAUCCUUGUUCUCAGCAUUUAAUAGGAAACAAUUCACAAUAGGCGGCUUUGUUUUUUUGUGGCCCAUCGAUAUAGCUAUUUGAUAAAUCUUACUGACAGUCCGAAUAAAAUCCUUCCUUGCUUCCUUUAAAAGACAUACAGUAGCAUUCAAACAUUCGGAGACAGUAUAAUAAUGUACGGAGGUUUUUUGGGCGUGGGGGAGGGAGUGUUUGCUAUUUUAAAAUUGCUCAACUGUGGAUGUCAUCGAACAGGAAAACGUUUUUUUAACUUGGGAUUAAUGUUAGUCUAAUUUUUUUUACCGAAUGCUUCCUGUGUAUCCCUGCUGUCAUUUCGAUGUCUCUGUGUAUCUGAACUGUUCACAUGUACCAGAGUGUCCCUAUGUGGUUGUUGCAUGGUAUUAUAAUGUGACUAAAAUGGCUAAAUUGUUCACCUUUGCAUACUGAGAAGGAAACAGAGACAGGGGAAGUUAAAAUGGAUGAGGCACUAUGUUGGCCAAUUAGUUUUACAGAAAAGAAAAAAAGAACACAAUGACUUUUGGUUCUAAAAUAGAUUUAAAAAAAAACUGAUCUUAGAUUCUUAAAAGUCUGUACCACAUUCAUUUAAUCAACUUCAUAUUUCCUUGGAGAGUUUACAUUGAAAUAAGAGUAGUAAGAUUGUUCUUAACAUAAGGAAAGAUUCAAUUUAAAGUGUAAUAAAGAUCCAGGCUAGAACUGGUUGGCCAAAGGACAACAUUAUGCUUCUUAUCAAGGUCAACUGUGGUUACGACUUGGCUGUUUCUGUUUGCAAAAUACCACCAGAAGAGACACUUCAAUGUUAAAAAAAUAAAUAAAAAAGCACAAAUCACAUAAUUUGCUGAGCCUUCAACAGAGUUGUAGUGUACUGUACCUUAAUCUGAAUUGAAUAAAUCUCUUAUUUGACUUUGA